AUGUCUGACGCCGAUAUCGAGGCCGUUCGACGGCUCCAGGCUGAGCGCAAUGCUGCUGCUGCUAGUCAAAAGGGCUCCAAGACCUUUGACCAAUCUGCUCAACGCACUGAUAACUCAACCAAAGCCUCCCUAACGGAAUCAUUCGACACAUUUUUGUACGAACGGGAUGGAGCGGAGAAGUUUUCAGGCUACGAUACUUCGAUUGCUGUUGAUGGCGAUGAAGAAAUGGAAGAUGCGGAUGGAGGACAUAAACUGGUUGGCCAAUACACUGCUACCAGAAGCCAGAUCGACGAGAUGGCGCAAGGAACCGGCGUUGAGGAGGAGGACAUUUUGCUAGGCCGCGAAAAGGCGGCGCGAAUUGCAGAUCGCGAGACAGACUACCAAAAGCGCCGAUUCAACCGUGGCGCCCUGACCCCGACGCGCGCCGACCCCUUCGCUGCCAAUGCGAAUGUUGAAGGAGAAAGUCAAACCUACCGUGAGGUCAUGGCCCUCCGCGAGAUGGAUAGGGAAGAAGAACGCGUUCAAAAGCUAAUCGCAGAGAAGCGCGAGAAGGGCGAAGACGUCACAGAGCACCAGGCUACGUUGAAGAUGAUGGAACACGAUAAAGAAAACGCCGAGGCGGGUUUGACCGCUGCGGUGACUUCCGACAAAAAGCGAAAGAACCGAUGGGGCGAGCCUGUUGCCGAACCAGACAAAAGAUCGCGUUUCGAUAAGGCACCUACUCCAGAAGAAACACCCAAAUCCAUCCCAUCGAGAUGGGAUCUAGCGCCAUCUCUCACAGCUGCCACUCCCGUUGGCAACCUAGGACUCGCGACUCCUAUGCAUCCAUCUCAAGCAGGUGCCGCUACACCUGCAGUCGGUUUUGGGGCUGAUGUGCCCGGUCAAGUUGUUGGCUGGUCUGAUGACGAGCUCGAUAUCAUGCUUCCCGGUGAGGCCGAUGGCUAUAGGGUCCUUGACCCUCCUCCCGGGUAUGAGCCCAUCCGAACCCAGGCCCGCAGACUUGCAGCCACGCCAGCACACAUUUCUAGCGCUGGUGGUGUGGGAGGGUUCAUGAUGCAAGAGCCAGAAAGUGUUCAGUCUGUAGGAAAGGAUCUUCCAACUGAUAUCCCCGGUGUGGGUGAGCUUCAAUUCUUCAAGGCGGAGGACAUGGCCUACUUCGGUAAGCUGAUGGAAGGUGGGGAUGAAACCAGCAUGACUGUGGAAGAAAUGAAGGAGCGGAAGAUCAUGAGAUUACUGCUCAAGAUCAAGAACGGUACCCCGCCCAUGCGCAAGACUGCUCUGCGUCAAAUCACAGACAAUGCACGCGACUUUGGUCCCGGAGCUCUUUUCAACCAAAUUCUUCCCCUGCUCAUGGAAAGGACCCUGGAAGACCAGGAGCGCCAUUUGCUGGUGAAGGUCAUCGACCGAAUCCUCUACAAACUAGAUGAUCUUGUCCGUCCCUACGUUCAUAAGAUUCUGGUCGUCAUCGAACCACUUCUCAUUGAUCAAGACUACUAUGCUCGUGUUGAAGGCCGAGAGAUUAUCUCGAACCUUGCCAAGGCCGCCGGUCUUGCUACAAUGAUCAGUACUAUGCGUCCUGAUAUUGACCACGCCGAUGAAUAUGUGCGAAACACGACAGCACGCGCUUUUGCCGUUGUGGCCUCUGCCCUCGGUAUUCCAGCCCUCCUUCCUUUCCUCCGCGCUGUCUGCCGCAGUAAGAAGUCAUGGCAGGCCCGACACACCGGUGUCAAGAUUGUCCAACAUAUCCCUAUUCUCAUGGGUUGCGCCAUUCUCCCUCAUCUCAAGGAGCUGGUUGGAUGCGUUUCAGGUAACCUCAGUGAUGAACAAGCUAAGGUUCGGACCGUCACCGCUCUAUCUCUGGCUUCUUUGGCUGAGGCUGCGAACCCAUAUGGUAUCGAAAGUUUCGAUGACAUCCUGAGCCCUCUCUGGACCGGUGCCCGCAAGCAGCGUGGCAAGGGUCUCUCUGCCUUCCUCAAGGCUGUCGGCUAUAUCAUUCCUCUUAUGGACGAAGAGUACGCCAACUACUACACCACUCAAAUCAUGGAGAUCCUUAUUCGAGAAUUCGCCUCACCAGAUGAGGAAAUGAAGAAGGUCGUAUUGAAGGUGGUUUCUCAAUGUGCAAGCACCCCAGGUGUGACUGCCAGCUACUUGAAGGACCACGUCUUGACCGAGUUCUUCAAGGGCUUCUGGAUGCGACGUAUGGCCCUCGAUCGACGAAACUACCGCCAGGUAGUCGAUACCACAGUGGACCUCGGCCAGAAAGUGGGUGUUGGCGAGAUUCUCGAGCGCGUCGUCAACAACCUGAAGGAUGAAAGCGAGCCAUAUCGCAAGAUGACUGUGGAAACGGUCGAAAAAUUGAUUGCAUCACUUGGAGCCGCUGACAUUUCUGAGAGGCUGGAAGAACGCCUCAUUGAUGGUGUACUCUUCGCCUUCCAGGAACAAAGCAUCGAAGACCUUGUCAUUCUUAAUGGAUUCGGCACCGUGGUAAAUGCACUUGGCACACGAUGCAAGUCAUAUAUUCCUCAGAUUGUCAGUACUAUUCUCUGGCGUCUGAACAACAAAUCUCCCACUGUUCGACAACAGGCGGCCGAUCUUAUCUCGCGCGUUGCGCUGGUGAUGAAGCAGUGUGACGAAGAAGCGCUCAUGGGCAAGCUUGGUAUCGUGCUCUACGAAUAUCUGGGUGAAGAAUAUCCCGAGGUUCUGGGCUCAAUCUUGGGUGCUUUGCGUGCGAUCGUCACCGUGGUCGGUAUCACCCAGAUGCAGCCGCCCAUUCGCGAUCUACUUCCCCGACUUACACCCAUUCUGCGUAACCGUCACGAAAAGGUGCAGGAGAACACAAUUGAUCUCGUCGGUCGUAUUGCCGACCGUGGUCCUGAGUCCGUCAAUGCCCGUGAAUGGAUGCGUAUCUGCUUUGAGCUGAUGGAUAUGCUCAAGGCUCACAAGAAGGGAAUUCGCCGAGCGGCCAACAACACAUUCGGUUUCAUUGCAAAGGCCAUUGGUCCUCAAGAUGUCCUGGCCGCUCUUCUCGGAAACUUGCGAGUACAGGAGCGUCAGUCGCGUGUUUGCACAGCUGUCGCCAUCGGUAUCGUGGCCGAAACUUGUGCUCCGUUCACUGUGCUCCCGGCACUGAUGAACGAGUACCGUGUGCCCGAUCUGAACGUGCAAAACGGUGUGCUCAAGGCCUUGUCCUUCUUGUUCGAGUACAUCGGCGAGAUGGGCAAGGAUUAUGUCUACGCUGUCACGCCGCUGCUAGAAGAUGCCCUUGUCGACCGUGACCAAGUUCACCGGCAGACCGCUGCCAGCGCGGUUAAGCACGUCGCACUCGGUGUUAUCGGUCUUGGUUGCGAGGACGCUAUGGUCCAUCUGCUUAAUUUGCUUUGGCCCAACAUCUUCGAGACCAGUCCCCACGUCAUCGACCGAGUCAUUGAAGCCAUCGAAGCCAUUCGGAUGGCGGUCGGCACUGGUAUCGUUAUGAACUACGUUUGGGCUGGCUUGUUCCACCCUGCUCGGAAGGUCCGCAUGCCUUACUGGAGACUAUACAACGAUGCAUACGUCCAGGGAGCCGAUGCGAUGAUUCCUUACUACCCGGACAUGGAGGGCGACGUGGACCGACCGGAACUGUCCAUCAUUGUCUAA